AUGAAAGAAAGUAAGAAAGUCAAGGCGGUAGAUUAUAUUCCGGCAGAUAUUACGCCUGAGAUUUUGUCAAGAACAUCGCUGGAAACUCUGGGGCGUUGUCGGCUUGUUUCCAAAGAAUUCCAGCAGAUCGCCUACGACCCAAAUUUCUUACAGAAUUUCUCCGAAAGAACAAAAACAGUAUCUGGGAUCGUCAUCGACUUAGAGUUCAACCCUACACCGAUCUUUAUUGAUGUUGCAAAUCACAAUAAUCAAUCAGCUUUAAAACAUUCCUCCUUUACUCUUUUCGAAGAAAAUAAUUUUAGAUUCAGAAUUUUAGCAGCUUCCAAGUGUGGUAUUCUAUUUUGUAAGACUAAGGAGGAUAAAUAUUACGUUUGCAAGCCCACAACUAAACAAUGGCAACAGAUACCAACUCCAAGUAUACCAUGGACUAUAACUGUAGUACAUGGUAUGGUGGUGUUUGGGUCUGCACCUUUGCGCUACAAAAUUGUUGUGUUUGUACCAAGGAAUUGGUGCAAGUCUAAGUACAGUUGUCACAUAUUUGAUUCAGAAACCUGGGCAUGGAAGCAAUUGAAAGAUCCAUUACAGAUACCUGUGAACAGCCAUCAUUUCUCUUACACUUCAAAUGCUGCUGUCUCAGUCUGCGGAAAAUUGUACUGGCGCCUGAAAGGCGAACCCAAUUCAGAGAUAUUACAGUUCGAUUUCGAGGAUGAGAGUUGGGAUAUUUUCGAAUUACCUAGGCCGUUGUGUAAGUUCCGAUAUUGCAGGUACACGUUGCUUGUGGAGUACAAGGGUCGGCUUGGUUUGAUAUGCUCUUUUGUCAGAAAAAUAGAGAAAUGUGAUUGCAUGGAAUUGUGGGUUAUGGAAGGUCAAAAUACAUGGACUAAGGCACAUAAAUUUUGCAUUAUGAGUCUUAAGAAUAAGCUACCGCACAUUGAUUGUCAUGAACCUGUAGCUCUUCUUAACAGUGAUCUUCUAGUUUACCGGAGUGGAAUAUCCACUUCCAAGGUUAUACUUUUCAAACUUCAGGAUUGCAGUUUCAAGGCAGUUGAAUUGAAGUGUUUCCUAGGCUUUUCAGUUUUUUACGUUUUUCAAUCAGAUUUGGAACUUGUUAAUUUUAGGGGCUCGAGUGAUCAGGUGUGA